CUUCUCAUUUGCCGACGGCAAGUCAAGAGUCAAGACUCAAGAGCAGCGAGAGCCUAGUCGGCAGAGCUUGGGCAACAAGGCAGAAUACUUGGCGCGACGACAUGAAGGAAGCCAGCAGCUUUCCAUAAAGCUGAUCGAUUUCCACAGUAAGUGAGGAAGACCCAUGGGAAGGAAAACCUCUCUCUAGGCGAAAAUGGUGCCCAUUUCCCGGUUAAUUUCCUUCGCAUCCAAGCACGCGCCAAGGCAGCAUUCUCUCUCUUUGCUUCGAAGGUUUAGCCUAUCAAGGAAUCCGCAAUCUCGUAGCUAUACGAAAUCAACCAAACACGGGGGUGAAAAGCGGGAAACUCAGCAUGUGUACACUAUUGAAGAACCUCAGCGAGAGAAAUCUUAUGCUACUUUCAUCCUUCCUGCUGCUUUGCUAGGAUUUGGAGGUCUGGCAGCUUUCCUCCGCUACAAUGAUGAGAGGAGAGCAAUUCCAAGAGGUGAAACCCAGAAGGAACAAUUUAGCCCAGGUCCUGUUAUUGGCGGUCCAUUCUCUCUGAUUGAUACCGAGAAGCGAGUGGUGACAGAGCGUGACUUUCUAGGGAAGUGGGUUCUGCUAUACUUCGGCUAUACAUCCUCACCUGAUAUUGGCCCCGAACAAGUUAAAACCAUGGCCGAGACCAUUGAUAAACUAGCUCUUUUGGGGAUCAAGAAUCACAGGAAAAUCUCAAGCUUUUGCCAGUGUUCGUCACACUCGAUCCUCAGCGUGACACUCCUACCCAUCUCCGUGCCUAUCUCAAAGAGUUUGAUCCCAGAAUCGUCGGAUUCACAGGAGCACCUGGUGCUGUGAGGCAGAUGGCACUGGAGUACCGGGUUUUCUUCAGGAAGAUUGAGGAGGACAAAGAUGAUUAUCUUGUGGAGGCAAACCACAACUUCUAUCUGAUCGGUCCUAACAAGGAGGUGGUGAAAUGUUUCGGGCCGGAGUACAAUGCAGAGCAUUUGACUGAAGCGAUAGCCAAGGAAAUGAAGAGGAAAGCGGCAUCUUAGUCAAUUUGGCUGCCUGGAUUUCCUGGACAGGCUGUUGAUGGUAUUGACCCUAGUUCAUAACUUCCAUUGCUAGAUUGUUUUGACUCAGACAAGGGGAAAAUUUUGGUUAUUGGAGAAAAAGUCUCCUCUAGCUUAGCUAACCAAGAUCAGGAGGUAGUGACCACGGUGGAAGUGGAGUAUAUGUGCAAAUAGCUAAAUAUCAAAACCUUCGAAACAAGUACAUUCUUCCUUGCUGCCACUUUCACUUUUAUUCUCUUAGCGGGUGACUCUAAACUCUAAAGUUCAGUGGUUGUGGCCUGUGGGAAUCCAAACAAUUAAUUUCAAUUCAUGUGAAUUUAAGCAAGUAAAUUAAAAU